AGCAAGCCAACAGUGGGAACAAUGAGGUGGAGAUGCAUGUGGUUGUGUUUCCUUGCUCUGUCUGUUGCCAGUGUCAUCGAUGUCCAAGCCAGACUGGUUCGCAACCAUGUCAGCAGCAUCUGCAGCACAUGGGGCAGAGAUCACUUCAAGACGUUUGACGGCGAUGUGUACCAGUUCCCAGGAAUGUGUGAGUACAACCUGGUCUCCGAUUGCCACGAGUCCUACCAGGAGUUCUCUGUGCACAUGAAGAGGAAAGACAACGAUGGAAACCCUACAGUCAGUCACGUGGUGGUCACCAUCAAUGACCUUUUGUUCUACCUCACCAAGGACAUGAUCACUGUGAAUGACGUCCCUGUCAAAACGCCAUACUACAAUGGAGGGGUACAAUUGGAAAAUAAUGGUGUUUACAUCAAGCUCCAAUCCAAAGUUGGCAUCACUGUCACGUGGAACAGUGACGAUGCAGUCAUGGUGGAACUGGAUGCUGAUUAUGCGAAUCGUACAUGUGGACUUUGUGGAGACUUCAAUGGUGUUGCUGUCCAUGAUGAGUUCAUUCAUGAUGGUCGCAAAAUCAGCCCCAUUGAGUUUGGAAACAAACAGAAAGUCCAUCGUCCAAACGGUGAUUGCGAGGACCCCUCUGAGGAGGAAGAUGAAUCACUGGAGGCGGUGCUGGAUUCAUGCAAGGAGUUUCAAACCACCUGUAACCAGAUGCUGCGUUCAGAGCACUGGAGCUCCUGCACCAAACUGAUUAACCCUGAACCUUACAUCCAGGCCUGUGUGCAGGACAUGUGUGGCUGUGCCAACAGUACAAAUGACUUUUGUGUCUGCAGCACACUGUCUGAGUUCUCUCGACAGUGUUCACACGCAGGAGGGCAGCCUCCUAACUGGAGGACACCUCAGUUCUGUGCUAAACAGUGCCCACACAACAUGAUUUAUGAAGAGAGCGGUUCCCCUUGCAUGGAUACAUGUGCACUUCUAGACACAAGUUCACUGUGUGAGGACCACAAAAUCGACGGCUGCUUCUGUCCUCCUGGAACUGUGUUUGAUGAUAUUUCCAUGAGAGGGUGUAUCGCUCAAUCUGAAUGUCAGUGCAAACACAACAAGAUCUAUAACUCUGGUGAGGUCUACCGACAGGACAGUGAGGAAUGUACAUGUGUUGAGGGCAGAUGGGCUUGUGAGAGCCUUCAAACACCUGCUACAUGUGCAGUUGAAGAGGGUUCACACGUAACUACCUUUGAUGGGAAAACCUACACCUUCCAUGGAGACUGUUACUACACUCUAGCCAAAGUGGAAAGCAAGGAUCAUGCAAGUCCGAAGUUUACCAUCCUGGUUCAGUUGGUUCCUUGUGCAAAUCAAGAAUUUGACACUUGUAUUAAGAGCCUUAAAAUCCUGCUGAACAAUGACAGACACAAUGUAUUAAUGUUCACUUCUGAUGGCACAGUCAAGCAGAACAUGCAGACCAUCAGUUUGCCGUACCACUCAGGUGACAUCAACAUAUUCCAUGCUUCAUCCUUUCACAUCUUGCUCCAGACCAGUUAUGGGUUGCAAAUUCAGAUCCAGCAUGUGCCUGUUAUGCAAGUCUAUGUCAGCCUGGAACAAAGCUACAGAGCAAAGACACGUGGUUUAUGUGGGAACUACAACAUGGUCCUGUCUGAUGACAUGAAGACUCCUCAGGGGAUUGUGGAGGGAACAGCAGUAACGUUUAGUAACUCCUGGAAGGCUAACCUCAUGUGCCGAGACAGAGAGGAAAGACUUGAGGACCCCUGUUCCCUCAGUGUGGAAAACGAGUUUUAUGCUAAACACUGGUGCGCCUUACUACUGAGUCCAGACAGCGAUUUUGCGCAGUGCCGUUCAGUGGUGGAUCCUGAGAUGUAUUACAAGCGAUGUACUUAUGCUAGCUGUAACUGUGAGAAGAGUGAGGACUGCUUGUGUGCCGUCUUUUCGUCCUACGCUCGGGCUUGUGCAUCAAAGGGAGUGUUCUUGACAGACUGGAGAGAGAAUGUGUGCGAUAAAUACACAAGGAGCUGCCCAGCAUCUCAGAUCUUCUCUUACAAGCAUCAGAGAUGCCAGUUGACUUGCAGAUCACUGGGCACAAUGCAGCAAAGUUGCACAUCUGACUUCUUGCCUGUCGAUGGCUGCUCCUGCUCUGAGGGUCUCUACCUAAAUGAAAAUGGCAUCUGCGUUCCCAUGGCAAAAUGUCCCUGCUACCAUAAUGAAGUCUACGUCAAGUCAGGAAAGUCCAUCAGCAUCAAAGAGGAGCACUGUGUGUGUACCAAUGGAAUGCUUCAUUGCCAUUCUUGGAGAGCCCGCUCAUCAACAUGCCCUUCUCAAAAAGUGUUCUUCAACUGCUCCACCGCGGGCACGGAAGAGCUGGGACUGCACUGUGCUGGAACUUGUUUAAAUCUGGACAGCGAUGAUUGUGACUCCACACAAUGUGAAUCUGGCUGUCGGUGUCCAGGUGGCCUCCUUGAUGAUGGCAAAGGUUCCUGUGUGAAAGAAAAUGAAUGUCCAUGUCAACACGAUGGGCAUAUUUAUGCCUCUGGAUCACAAAUCCCUGACCAGUGCAAUAUCUGUACCUGCAAAAGUGGAAGAUGGGAGUGCAGUGAGAAAAAAUGUCCAGGAACUUGCACUAUUUAUGGGAGUGGUCACUACAAUACAUUUGAUCAGCGAACAUAUGGGUUUCAAGGACAUUGUGCCUAUGUUGCUGUAAAGAACAAAUGUGGCAAUAAAACAGUACAGGACAACUUCGGAGUUAUCACAGAAAACGUACCAUGUGGAUCUACAGGCACCACUUGCUCCAAAACUGUCAGAAUCCAGCUGGGGCGAAUGGAAGUCAAACUGUCAAAGGGUAAAUAUGAAGAGGCCGACCUGGGACAUGGUGCUGAGAUUCAGUACAAGAUAAGGAAGGUUGGCUUGUAUGUGGUGAUAGAAUCUGCCAUUGGUCUGGUAGUGAUGUGGGAUGGCAAAACAACUGUUCGCAUCAUGCUGGAACCACAGCACAACGGAAAGGUAUGUGGCCUGUGUGGAGAUUUUAAUGGUGAUGGACAGAACGACUUCACCACCCAGGGUCAGCUGGCAGUGAGCAAUUUGUUAGAAUUUGCAAACAGCUGGAAAGUGUCAAGCCAGUGUCCAGAUGUAGAUAUGAAUGCUGACCCUUGUGAAAUACGACCCAAUCGACAUCACUGGGCAAAAAUGAUGUGCAGCAUUAUAACUGGAAAUACGUUCAAAGAGUGCCACAAAAAGGUAGCUCCUCUCCCAUAUUAUGAAAACUGUGUGAAAGACUCGUGUGCCUGCGACACUGGAGGAGACUGCGAGUGUUUCUGCUCAGCAGUUGCAGCUUAUGCUCAAGCUUGUAAUGAGGCUUCUGUCUGUGUGGCAUGGAGAACACCAGAUAUCUGUCCUGUCUUUUGUGAUUACUACAAUAAUCCUGAUGAAUGCAAGUGGCACUACAACCCCUGCCACAAACCUUGCUACAAGACCUGUUUAAAUCCAGAAGAAAUUUGUAGCAAACCUUUACCCAACCUGGAAGGCUGUUACCCUGUAUGCCCAGAAGAUAAGCCCAUAUUUGAUGAGGAGACGGGAUUUUGUGUGGAGGAAUGUUCAGGUUGCUUUUACAACAAUACUAGAUACGAGGAAGAUGAAGUUAUUUACAAUGUGACUGACAAUUUAGGAAUGUGCUAUUACGCAAUAUGCAAAAAUACGACAGUGAUAUUUGAAAAUGAAACUUGCCCUACAAUUCCACCAACUGAAGCAACUACCACAACCAAAGAGCCAACCACAACCACAAAAUCUACAAUCCCACCAACUGAACCAACAACUACAACCCAAGAGACAACCAUAACAUCUACAACCCCACCAACUGAACCUACCACUACAACCCAAGAGACAACCACAACCAUAAAAUCUACAACCCCACCAACUGCACCAACUACCACAACCCAAGAGACAACCACAAAAUCUACAAUUCCAUCAACUGAACCUACUACCACAACCCAAGAGCCAACCACAACCACAAAAUCUACAAUUCCACCAACUGAACCUACUACUACAACCCAAGAGCCAACCACAACCACAAAAUCUACAAUUCCACCAACUGAACCAACUACUACAACCCAAGAGCCAACCCCAACCACAGAAUCUUCAACCCGGCCAUCUGAACCCACUACAACAACAACCGAAGAGCCAACCACAACUACAAAAUCUACAACCCCACCAACUGAACCUACAACUACAACUGAAGACCUAACUACUGUUUCGACAACUUUAACAACACUUGAAUCACCUGUGACUGGUCCCACAUUGCCGACAUCAGUGACUCCAUCACCUGUGCCCCAAAUCACUGCCACUACUCAAUGCUUCUGCAUAGUUAAUGGCAAGCAUUAUAAUCCAGAGGAUGUAAUAUUAGACAUGGAAGACAUUGGAUCAGGUGUUUGUCUCACAAUGAUAUGUUCUGAUAUUUGCGAGAUUCUCAACAAGACUGGCCCUUGCAAUCCCAUACCCACACCCACAAUUCCUGUACCUGUCUGUCCUGAAUGGGAUGUAGUGCAAAAUGAGACCUUCUUAUUGUGCAACUGCACCAUGGCCAGAUGCAUUGAGAAUAAUACAAUUGAAAUAAUUCCAUAUGAGUGUCCACCCCUUAAGAACAUCACUUGUACCAAUGGAAAGAAACCAGUUCUUGUCUAUGAUGAGUACCACUGCUGCCAGCAUUACGCUUGUGACUGUGUUUGUGAAGGCUGGGGAGAUCCUCAUUACAUCACAUUUGAUGGAUUCUACUACAGUUAUCAAGGAAACUGUACUUACGUCUUGAUAGAAGAAAUUGUACCAAAACAUAAUUUGAACAUUUAUAUUGACAAUGUCUAUUGUGAUCCCACUGAAGAUGUUUCUUGUCCACGAUCAAUAAUCAUAUCGUACCAAUCAGAAGUUGUCGCACUCAUAAAUCAUAAUCUUCUUGGAGCAGCGCAGUUGGAGGCACUGAAAAAUGGAGUCCGUCUGAAACUACCUUAUUCACAUCAAGGUGUUAAAAUCUUGGACUCUGGUAUUAACUUGGUUUUGGAGAUCCCUCGCCUAAAAGUGGUUAUUACAUUUGGAAUAACUGGCUUUAGUGUCACCCUUCCAAAUCAAUAUUUUGGCGAUAACACACAGGGCCAUUGUGGAACAUGCGAUAAUAACCAGGCUAAUGACUGCAUGCUGCCUGGAGGCAAGCUCGUAGAAAAUUGUGCAGUGAUGGCUGACUAUUGGCCUGCAAAGCACAUUUACCAACCCAACUGUCCCAUACCAUCUGUACUGCCCACCAAUAUACCUGGACCUCCACCAACCUUUACUCCAUGCAAUCCAGACUCCAUUUGUCAAAUGCUUAAGAGCAGUCUCUUUGAGGCGUGCCAUCCCUUUGUCUCUCCUGACAAUUUCUAUCAAGGUUGUGUUUUUGAUAGCUGCCAUGUUUCCAACCCAGCAGUGGAGUGCACAAGUUUGCAGACUUAUGCUGCUGCCUGUGCUCAGGCUGGGGUUUGUCUGCACUGGAGGAACCACACCAGCCUGUGUGUAAUUAACUGCCCGUCAAACAAAGUUUACAAGCCAUGUGGUCCUGCAGAACAACCAAGCUGUGAAGACAAUCCUAAUGAACCAACCAUGAACUACACUACUGAGGGCUGCUUUUGUCCUGAUGGAAUGAAACUCUUCAACAAAGAGUCCGGCGUAUGUGUUGAUAAGUGUGGAUGUCUUGAUCCUGAGGGCAUUCCCCGUGAGUUUAAUGAAAGGUUUGAGUACAAAUGCCAAAACUGCAUCUGUGAGGAGUCCACCAAGACUGUGACUUGCAAACCCAAGCCAUGCCCAACACCACCAAUAGCAAACUGCGCUGGCCCUGGGUUUGUUCUCGUCAACCAAACGAAUCCGUCAGACUCCUGCUGUUCUACCUUCGUUUGCCAAUGUCAAAGCAACACUUGCCCAGUCUACAACAUGAACUGUCCGGUAGGAUUUUUGCCAGUUGUCAGUGUUCCUCAGGGAAAAUGCUGUCCAGAACGUACAUGUGAGCCUAAAAGAGUUUGUGUCCACAAAGACAAUGAAUACCAGCCUGGCUCUUCAGUUCCUGGGCCUCAAUGUCAGGAUUGUACCUGUACCAAUGAGGUGGACCCUGGUACUGGUUUAUUCAAGAUAAAUUGUGAGUUUCAGAAAUGUCAAGAAAACUGUGACAUGGGAUAUAAAUACCUGGAAACUGAUUCAGAUGAAUGCUGUGGGAAGUGUGUACAGACACACUGUGUUGUCAGUGUUAAUGAUACCAAGAACCUCUUGAACCCGGGAGAUACCUGGUCACCACCGGAGAAUAAGUGUCAGCAUUACACCUGUAUUAAGAUCGGUGACACUUUAACAACGUUUAAUUCACACAUUGUCUGCCCGCCAUUCCAGCAGAGCAACUGCCAACCAGGCACAAUUCAGUCUGCAGCAAAUGGCUGUUGUAAAAUUUGCGUGGAGAGGGAGAAGGCCUGCAAGGUAGUAUCGAUGAAAAUGCAUGUUACGCACAACAGCUGUCAGUCUUACGAGGAGGUAGAUAUGCCAUAUUGUGAAGGAUCCUGCAACACUUUCACCAGGUACUCCGAAGCAGCAUCUGCUUUGCAGCAUUCUUGCUCCUGCUGUAGGGAGACACACUCCAGCAAUCGCACUGUUGACUUGCACUGUCUGAAUGGAGAUGUGGUCCCCUACUCAUACACCUAUGUGGAGGAGUGUGGCUGUGGCCACACAGACUGCACCAGAGCUGCAGUACAACCUGCUCGCAGGAGGCGAAGCUCCACACUGGUGUAAUAAAACAUCUGUCACCACAUUAAUGAAUUUGAGAUGUUAAAAUGUCUUCCCAUAUUGUCUAAACAAUCAUUACAUCUUUUACAAAGCAAUUGCCUUUGUAGAGAGUAUAUUUAUCAAUUUAUCAAAUAAAAUUAUGCAGCACUA